CGCAAAGCAAUCGACUGCGAAACAAAUCCCCUAUUUCCACCGCGAACAGUAUCGAUAAAGUUUGAUCAUUUCUGCAUUGCUCUACUUCUAGCGUGCGUACCUGAUAGCCCUGGUGUUUGUAUGACCACCAUUUCGAAGGUCUGCCCUGUUCGUUGCUGCCGUUGCUGUUGUUAUCGUCGCUGCUGACACGGCAUAAAUGUUAGGAUACCGAUCAGGGCGCGUUCUGCGGUGCAAAGGGAAGUAAAGAGCCUGCCAUCCUGAUCGAAGGAUUGCGUAAAACAAACCGCCGCCCGGUAAAUCCAAAAUGGCUAGCAACAACGCAAUGUAUAUCCGGCAGCAGAUGUCGGCUCUGCUGGGCAGUACGUCGACUUCGAUAAAAUUCAUCUGCAUAGCGACGUUGGUCGGGUAUAUGAUUUCCUUCUCCGAGCGGAUAUCCGUACUGCUGUGCGUCACACCGGGCUACCUGAUGCCACCGACGUUCUGGAUAUGGACCAUCUUUACCUACUUCUUUAUUGAGCAGCACUUCUGGGAGGUGCUAGUGGAUCUGGUAACGGUCGGGCUGUGCGGUAAACUGAUCGAACCGUCCUGGGGUCAGAUGGAAAUGCUACAUUACUUCGCCAUCACCAACACUGGGGUGGCCAUCUUGACAAGCUUCUACUAUCUGUUCUACUCGAUGAUAACCAAAGAUGCGGAGAUUCUAUUUAACGUUCGUAUUUACGGGCUUGCUGGAAUGAAUGCAGCAAUAAGUGUAGCCGUUACACAGAUAAUGCCCGACCAUCUAAUAGCCAGAACACCGCUCGGUAAAUUCUCCAACAGAAAUGUACCGCUGACCGUUGUCAUAGCAUCAAUUUUGCUAUGGGCUUGUGGAUUACUAGAUGGAACCUACCCAGCAAUGUUUGCGUCGGGUCUGUACGUAUCCUGGGUGUAUCUGCGAUUCUAUCAGCGGCACUCGAACGGCACGCGUGGUGACAGUGCUGAAAACUUCCGCUUUGCAAGCUUCUUUCCGAACGUUUUGCAACCAUUCAUUGCAGUCAUUGCUAACCCGGUGUACCUGGGCUGUUUGCGAAUAGGGCUAGUCAAACGGUUGAGUCCACAGCAGUCAAACUCUUCUUCUCUGCAAUCGAUUAGUGUACAGCUGCCCGGUGUAGAUCCUCACGAUAUGGAACGGCGAAGGCAAAUUGCUCUCAAAGCACUAAGCGAACGGUUGUCCAAAACGACCGACUCUAGUCGUCAAAACACCGUCCCGAAGUCAUUCCCGCAGACAACCACUGGAAAGCACCAUCAUGGGUCUCACCAUGGGCAUAGUCACGGGCAUGGGCACAGCCACGGGCAUCACCAUCAGCAACAUCAGCUGCAGUUCGGUGGGCUUCCACCGUUUCAGGGUUUCCCCAUGACGGUGGAUCGUCCAGCGAUAGCAUUACCUCCCCCACCAACGAUGACCGUGUCGAGCAGUAGCGGCAACGUUGGACAAUUGCCAGCGAACCCAUCCUUGCCCAGCACGGCUAGUCUACCGUCCCCUGCACCAGUGAACAAUAUGUCCACGAACCUGAUCAACCUUGAGGCAAACGAAGCUAGCAGCAGCAGUAGUGGCGGUGUCCCUCCUGGUGGACCACCAACGUCCUCCAUUUAAGUGACUAGAAAUCCCUAUCCACCCGGUCACAACUCUAGUACCAUAACAAGCCUUCGGCAUAGCUUUAAGCGUUGUUCUGUUUCGUAUUUGUUUAUUUUUCCAUAUAUAAUACCAUCGUGUACCGUG